UGGAGAUUUGACAUAGACUCUGUAAUUAUAAACAGUUCCUUUUCCUUUCGUAUUAACUUAAUCUUUAAUAAUCUUUAAUCUUAAUCGCAUUAAUCUUAAUCUUAUUUUACCCUUUAUUUGGUACAGCUUUUGAUUUGUAAUAACAUUAAUUUUUACAUGCAGAAAAAAUUUUCUAUGCAUGGCAAGUUCUAUGUUCAAGUUCUCGGUCUAUACAGGCAAGUUUUGCCACCCCAGUGUCCCCCAUUAUAUUCUGUUACACCGGGCAAGCUUGAAAAAUAUGCCUGACCACGGUGGGAAUCGAACCUACGACCUUUGGAAUACUAGCCCACACUAAGAGUAACAUUACAAACAUAUAUUCACCUGAGUACAUUACACCAACACAGAAAAUUCAAUAUAUAGUUAAUGCAUGCUUUAAAUAAAUGUGAUUGUAUGAUUCGUGGUCACAUCAAUUUAGAUAAAUGCAAUGUACCCCGCUGAGCAACAAGUGAAAAAUGAAUGUGUUAUACAGUUUACGAAAAGAACCUGACAGGGAAGAAAAAACUAAGGGGAAAACAAGUUGUUUUGGGAGCAGACAUAAUUGUAUACUGCAUGUUUUCUUGCACUUCCAGUUCCGUGUAUAGGACCGAGAGGACCUGGGGAUGAAGAUGGUAUUAAAUGAACUUAAAAAAGUCGUCAGUGUCGUGUAUUUGAGCAAAUGUUUGGAGCAAAUUUGGUCAUCAUAAUGAAUUUCUCAAACUAGGAAUAAAAUAGACUGCCCACUCCUGCCCCUCCUAAUCCACUGUUUCAACUCGCUGGAUACUCAUCCUAGGCAAGUCUUAAAAAUGUUAUUUUUGUAGGUAUAUGGUGGAAAUGUGACACAGUUGAACCUGGCAGUGGACAGGAUCGCAUCUGCUCAUAGGAUGUUGAAGAUUGCCAACAUAUCUGAUGCUGAAUGUGAAAAGAAUGUUGCUGACACAGUGUGUAAAGUUUCAAUUCCUGCUUGUUCCAAAGAUCAGACCAAGGUCGUAUCCUUCCUCAGCAAGCAAGAUUGUCAUGAGAUCAUGGGAUGGUGAGUAUUAUAUGAAAUACAUACUGAUAUGCACAAAAUAGAGCUAGACUAGGAUUUACUAUCACAAGGAAAGUGCUCUCUCGGCAUUCUUACUAGAUCAACUGCGAAAAAGACAUUGGGUUUUUAUUGCGUGUUGUAUAUAUUCCCAAAGAUGUCGUCAAGGCCGGAGUACGUACUGCUUUCUCCUCAAAUAGGGAGCUUUAGAUUUGACUACGAGUACGACUACGAGUACGACAUUUGAUCGCGUGCGAGGAAAUUACCGUAGUCGUUUUCGUUUCCAUUCAAAUGUUGCUUUUAUAACAGUGAACCAAUAACUAGAGAAAAAGUUUCAUAAACUAAAUCUCCUGCCGACUAAAAUCCCCUACAAAACGUGUAAAUAAGUCAUAACAUUAAAAACAGGCCAGAUAUUUAGGACUAAUAUAUUAUUUGCGCCGGAUAAACGCUAUAUAAAUGCUACAAAUUAUUUUUGGAAAACAAAAAAAAAGCCAACUUUCUUUGUUUUUUUGAAAAGUCGUCGUGAGGACUACGAGGUUUCUCCACAAUUUCGUACUCAGAUGGGCGACGGCUACGACUUUUUAGCGUCAGUACGGGAUGGCGUAAGCAUACAGCAUGCGUUUAGCUUGACGAAUCUCGUACUCGUAGUCGUACUCGUAGUCAAAUCUAAAGCUCCCUAAUAUCACUGGUGUUCAGCUACAUUUCACAUGUAUUGCUCUUCAAAGAAUCUAAUUUAGUCCAGAGAGAUCAGAUAGCGAGAUAAUGCGACCGAAUGUAAAAAGAAAACGCGAAUGUGAAAAUAGAUUGUUGUGAGAUCAUGGUUUGUCGUGAGAUCAUCGAUUGUUGUGAGAUCAUCAUCGAUGAUUGUAUUUUAAUUGGAAAAUUUUUACUAUUAUUUUGUGCUUCUCAACCGGCAGAUGCAUUUAAAAAGUCGCUAUAACUGCACGAACUUUAUUAAACUAGAAAAUAAAUAUAGAGAAAAAGCAAUUUUGUGGGGUUUUCAUCGCAAAUACGUGACAAAAAAUCAUUUUAACUUGCUAAUUUCCUUUCUUCCAAACGUUAUAGUGUCAACAAAACAAAUGAUACCAACUUGAUACAGGGAGCCCACGGUUUAUGUGACAGCUUGCCAGAUGGUACAACAGCAAAGAAAUAUUCCCUGGAUAAUGUCUACGACAAUAAAGCAGCUGUUUACGCCAUGGCAUUCAGCACAAUUUUGUUCAUUGCCAUUCUUGUCGCUCAAAGUUUCUUCUAGGC